AUGGCAUUCUUCGGCGGUCUAAGUGGAUGGUCAGGAUCCUCCUGGUCACCAUGGUCUGGACUUGGGUCCGAUCCAGACUCUGAGUCAGAUACAGUGACUACCACCGCCCAAGUAGUCCAAACAUCGACAUCCACACCUAGUCCUACCACCGCGACAGCUACGGUAGUUCAACAGGUGACUACUACCGCUGUAUCCGUCGUUACAGCAUCUACCACAGCGUCAACACCUAACGCAGUGACUGUCACUCAAACGUCCAAAGCUGCUUCUAGCGCGAUACCUUCCACCAUUGCACAAAACAACGCACAGACCUCGCAGCAGCAACAACAGGCAUCACAAGUUUCACAAGUUGGCAGUUCCUCCAUCGCUAGUGCUCAAUCCUCCUCUUCCACCUCUAGACCGUCCUCAUCAGCAACAACAUCAUCAUCAUCGACCAACUCAACAGAGAAUGUAGGUGACAUACCGGAUGAUUGGACAUAUUUCGGUUGUGUACCGAAUAAUAAUGGAAUGCCAGCGUUGAAUACCACUUACGCAACUUCCGACGAACUUACGCCGGUAUUGUGUAUAACAGCCUGUGCAGCUUCCCAAUAUCAUUAUGCUGGACUUCAAAACGGUAACGCGUGUUUCUGCGGCUCGACCAUGACCACCCCAUCCAUGUCUUCCUCUUCCUCUUCCUCAUCAUGCAAUAUGAACUGUACAGGUGAUCCAUCGGGAUCUUCCAAAUGCGGUGGAUCAUCUUCGAUGUCAUUCUAUCAUUUGAGAUCGAUCGAUCCAAACUCUUCAUCAUACCCAAAUUCAUCAUCCACCUCGACUGGUUUAGAUAGUCAAUACGGUGACAGUGGAUCGGGAACGGUUGUAGUGUCUUUGCCGGAACUUACAGGUACGUUAAUGGAGUAUGGUGAUCCGAGAUUCAGGAGUGGUAAAGACGGAGUGGUAUUUGGUGAGAUGUUCAAGGUUUCUUCUGCCUCUUCACGGUAUAGCCCAGAUCCAGAUACAAAGCUUGAGGGUUUAGCAUCGUUGAUACUGCUUGGCUGGGUUGGUCUGAGGAUAUUGCGGUGA